AUGGGAUUGCCUCCGGAUUUGGAGGCAAAAAGUUUAUGGCUUGAUGUGGGAAUAGAAGAAAAGAGACUAAUCCCUGGAAACUCUAAAGACAAUUUUUGGGAAAUGGGUGAGACUGGUCCUUGUGGUCCCUGUUCAGAAAUUCAUUACGAUCGUAUUGGUAAUCGUGAUGCUGCACAUUUAGUUAACCAAGAUGAUCCCAAUGUGGUCGAAAUUUGGAAUUUAGUCUUUAUGCAAUUCAAUCGUGAAUCGGAUGGUUUACUUCGUCAAUUGCCAAGCAAACAUAUUGAUACGGGCAUGGGAUUAGAACGUCUCGUUUCAGCUUUACAAAACAAAUAUUCGAAUUAUGAUACAGAUAUUUUCUUGCUCCUAUUUAGAAAAAUUCAAGAGUUAACCGGUGCAAGACCUUACUCCGGCAAAGUUGGCGUAGAUGAUGUUGAUGGUUUGGAUAUGGCAUAUAGAGUAAUCGCAGAUCAUGUACGCACCCUGACAUUUGCAAUUUCAGAUGGCGGUGUACCAAGUAACGAAGGACGUGGUUAUGUAUUGAGAAGAAUUUUGAGACGUGGUGCGCGUUAUGCUAGGAAAAAAUUUAAUGUAGCAAUUGGCCAUUUCUUCUCAAGCCUUGUAGAUACGGUUGUCUGCGAAAUG